AUGAAGAUGUGCCACAUCACUGACAGGCCAUCCAAGGCUGAUAUUAAAUAUGGAGAUAUUGCAACAGGAAAUUCCAAAAAUGCCCUUAAGUGCCUCCACGGCCCCAGGUCCUGCUUGUGGCCUCGUAGACGUAGUGGGAUUGUUUACAUACCAUAUACACUUGAUAGAGCCUUCAGUAAGUCACAACAGACUCUUAUACACAAUGCCAUGCAGGAGUUUGAUAUUCUAACAUGCAUAAAGUUCGUAUAUAGGCAGCAUCAAAGAGAUUACAUUAAAAUUAUCUCAGGAAAUGGCUGCUGGUCAAAUGUAGGAUAUAAUAGGCGAGUACAGAUUAUUUCACUCCAAAAAAAUGGUUGUAUAACCCGUGGGGUGGUACAACAUGAGUUACUACAUACUAUUGGUUUUAAUCACGAGCAAAGUAGAAGUGACCGUGAUGAAUAUGUCACCAUCCUAAUUAAUAAUAUUGCCAAAGAAGCAAGAUACAAUUUUGUUAAAUUAAACACCAACAACUUAGGAACACCGUACGAUUAUACUUCAGUCAUGCAUUAUGGGAGAUAUGCUUUUUCUAAAGAUGGCAAAAGCAGAACCAUUGUGCCCAAACCAGAUCCAAAUAUACAUAUUGGACAACGUUAUGGGAUGUCCACUCUGGAUGUUGCCAAGGUUAACAAGUUGUAUAAAUGCAGUAAGUAUAAAAUGCGUUCUUUUUGGUGA